GUGAACCAACGACAUCUCAUCGAUAAGAUUCUCGCAAGAUAUUCUGCAGAGUAUGUUCUAUACAGAGAGCUUAUGCAAAAUUCAGAUGAUGCCUCGUCUUCUUCUGUCCAAAUUAUGUUCCACUCUGCUGAUUCAGCAAUAGACUCCAAAGUCCCUAAUUUAGCGGCCAAGUGCAAUAGAAUAACUUUCAAGAAUAAUGGAAUGCCAUUUAGAACUGAAGACUGGAAUAGAUUGAAGCGUAUCGCAGAAGGAAAUCCCGACGAGCAAAAGAUUGGUGCAUUUGGCGUGGGUUUCUAUUCCUUGUUCUCUGUCUGUGAGAGUCCAUUCGUUUUCUCUGGAUCACAAUGCAUGGCAUUCUAUUUUAAAGGAGAUCAGUUAUUUGCCAAACGUGCAGACGUACCUGAUACACAAGUCAAUGAAUGGACAUCGUUUUUGAUGGACUUGCGUGAACCCAUGGAGAUGCCUGAUUUAGAUGAUUUUGCGAAAUUUCUGACAACAAGCAUGGGAUUUACGGCCAAUCUUCGUCAAAUAACGGUCUAUUUUGACCAACACAAGAUCUUUGAAAUUACCAAAAAGACUGCCGAGCCUAGAGCCAUGGUUGUAGAUCCACAAAGACUUCACACCGUUACUCCAAAGAGAAUGUUCAGCAUUACGGGUGUGGAUAUGCGUAAACUUCAACUUGAUGCAGAAAAAUACACUCCGCCAACAAUGUUCACACCUUUCGCAAACCUCAUAUCACUAUCUAAUAGUAAAGCAAGAGACUCUAGUCAAAACUCGGGAUUACCAGUGGAGAAAUCUAGUAUUUUUUUGAGUGUUAUUACUGCGGCUCUUUCUGUAAAUGUUCCACGAGACUUUGAAAAGGAAAUGGAGAGAGCGACAAAAAAGAAGCCUCCAAAAACCACAAAAUUUCAACUUGUUUAUACUGGAAAAGAUGAGCUCGAUGCUUCCGAGAAUAAUAAUAAGAUCUUUAAGGAUCUCAUGCCAUUUCCACAUCAGGGACGUGUAUUUAUCGGCUUUCCGACCCAUCAGACCACUGGUUGCUGUUCCCACAUGGCAGCUAGAUUUAUACCCACAGUUGAGCGUGAAAGCAUUGAUUUUGCUGAUCGGUAUAUUAGUGUGUGGAACAGAGAGCUUCUGGCUGCCGGAGGCUUGCUUUCGAGGCUUGUGUAUGAUGACGAAAUGGAUCAAAUUGCUCGACUAUACAAAGAGCUUGUCGGCUGUACAGAUAUUGUAGACAAGUCCAAACAUGAUGAUGGCAUAGACAGUGCCAAGCAUAUGCUUGAGAGCCGUGCCUCUCAUGCUCUACGCGCCUUUACUUUCCACCAUUCAACACCGAGUCCAAUUGUAGGAAAGGAGCAUGAGAACAGAUUUUUCAAUUCUAGCAAGGUGUCCCUUCAACUUAUGACUUCUCACGGGAUUCAGAGUAUCACAGCAGCCAGAACACUCCCAGAAGAUAGUUUUAUCAGUCGAAGCGUUACAGAACUUUUGGAUGCUUUUGUAAAGACAGUCCCAACUCUCACUUCUUCUUUUACAAGAGAUUGCAAAGAAGGUCUGACAAAGUUGACAGGAUUUGGGCUUCUUCAGCCUCUUGGGAUGGGUGAUAUUCUGAAAGAGCUUAAUACGCGUGCACUCAAUGAAGACGAAAUGGUUGCUUGCAUGAAGUGGUGGGUAGAGUGCAACAAAAAGAAUCCCUCUAUUCCGUCCGCCUUUAUAGAAAGUCUUGAUAUUACUGUAAAGAACCGUUUCCUUGAUGCUGCUAUAUUGAAUUGCAACGGUGAAAGACUCUUAACCUUGUCUGCAGCAAAAUGGUGGGUGAAUCCAAAGAUUAUCCCACUUGAUGUCAAACACCCUGACACCACACUGCCUUUCAACAUAACCAAAAACUUUGUUGGACCUGAUUUGGGCUCUUAUUUUGGUGACUUAAAAGAGCUACCUGUUCUGGAGUGGGUACGGUUUAUAGCCAGCAAAAAGGAACUGGAGGAGUCUCCUGUAUUUGCUGAACAAGUUUUGGCUAUUUCUUCCCGCGGAUACCAACACUCUUCGGUGAGCGCCCAAUCCGGAAUAUCUUCAAUUCUCCAGAGUAAGACGUGUAUUCCGACAAAAUACGGAAUGAAACUCCCGACAGAAGCCUAUUUUACAAGUGUGAAUCUAUUUGAUGACCUCCCAAUUGUCAACUUUAAAGCACCCAGAACCAUUACUGAUCAAUUUUUGACUUCACUGGGUGUUAGAAAGCAUGUCGAACUUCAAAUGGUUUUUGACAGACUUGUAUCAGAAGGAAGUUGGUCUCACGUCGAACUUGUAAAAUAUCUGACGUCUGUUCAGACAACAUUAUCUUCUGUCGAAUUAGCCAGGCUGAAGGCUUCUCAAAUAUUUACAAAAGAAGGAGAAGAACCAAGAAUUAAAGAUAUUCAUCGUCGGUAUAAAGCAAGUGAUCUAUAUGCUCCAACCGAAGCUUUACGAACUCUUAACCUACCCCUAAUUCAAUGGGAUAACCGCUGGCGUCAAUCAAGUGAGGAAGUAAAGUUCCUCGAGAAGCUCGGAUUACAAACAAAGCCUGUUCUUUCGGACCUCUUACAACUUGCGUCACCUGCAACAAAUAACCAGUACCUACAGAAUAAAGCAUUGAGCUAUUUUGUUGACAAUUACACUCAAUACAGCAAUGACUACAAUCCAUCCACCAUUGAUAUCGAUUUUAUUCCUUGUUUAGACGGAAAAACAUACACGUCUCCGAAGAACUGUUUCACCAACCCAGAGGUACAAAUACUUGGUUUUUAUGCUCUUCACCCCGAUCUUGCCUCUGUGAGAGAAAAACUCGGAGUUUUGGAAAACCCUAAUGCCGAUCGUCUUGUAAGCGCGUUUUUGCAAAAUGUCGGCCAGGAAUACAGUGAAGUCAAGCGUAUUUUUGAAUAUAUGGCCGGUAGAAUGGGAGAAUUUAGCUACACUCAUUGGCAAAAGCUGCGGCAAGCAAAAUUUGUUCCUGUUCUUGACAAGAGGAAUGAAAAUGAUUCAACAAGCAAACCUAUAAUGUUGGUUGUAGAACCAACGCAAUGUUACUUUGAGUCUGAGGAAUCAAAUUUUCACAAGGAGCUUUUUCUUUACGUCAAUUUUGGACAACUCGCAAAUUCGUUUUUAAGAUCAUGCGGAGUGAAAGACGAACCAACAACGAUAGAGCUGGCAGCUAUGUUGGUUAAAGAUCCUCAACGUUUUUGGAAUCUCAGUGGUGGCGGUGAAAGAUACCUGACUGUAUUGAGACAGAUUGCAGGACAAUACUACCAAAUAAAAUCUCAGCGAACUCUACUUGCUGAAAUGAAAUCUACUGCAUUUCUUGUUGGCUUAAAACGGAGUAACAUGAGUGACAAGUUAUUGGGCGAUGAAGAAAAAGAAGAUAGGGAUGAUUUUGAUGCUGAGAAGGAAGACUUUGUUCAAUAUCGUCUUGCCAAGGCUUCCGAUAUAUUUAUCAGCGAUGAUACUAUGGGGCAACAGAUAUUCUCACCGCUAUCUGCACCAAUGGAGCCACUUUUGGAGGAAUUUUAUGCAAAUCUAGGAAGCAGUCAUUUAUCAAAAAACAUCAAAGAGUCGUACACAUUUCGGGAUGCUAUUGGAGCAACCGCCCGAUCAAAGGCAAUUGCAGAGGCAAUUUUAGAACGUACACCUAUUAUUAUUUAUCAGAUGAUGAAUGAUAAUCCUCAACGUCAAAAAGAGCUUUUACACGACGAGAUUUAUGUCAUACAAGCUAAAGAGCUCAAGAUGCUCAGACUAUUUAAGCACACGGGAGAAAAGCAUGUUCAAACUACAACAGCGUGUGCAGACAGAAGCAGUUUCACUGUAUACAUUGCUGGCACCGGGGAGAUCGACUUUUAUGACGUUUCCAACGCUCUUUGUACUUUACUUUUUGCGCGCGUCCGAUUCAACGAUGCCAUUAUUGUUGAGAGAUAUCUUACAGCAAGCCUGAACAAUUUGCGGCGAAAGGGUGUUCCAGUGGACCGUAUCCUAAACAUUCGCAAGAAUAUGGAAAAAUUACUUUCCCAGCAGCGAGAGAACCAUGUCGAAAAUGUCAUCAAUCAGUUGCUGCAAGAUGAUUAUCCUCGAAAACAACUCACGAAAGAAAAAAUUAAACCAGACGAGUCAAAUGUGGCGCCACCCACUAUUCAACAGCCCAAACCAUCUGAAAGCAAAAGAGCUACAAAAUUAUUAGAUAGAAUCUGGUCACCAUGGAGUAAGCCAUCCCCACCACAGCCUCCUCUGGAAACAAAACCAGUGGAAACCAUUCAACCGCCAGAACCUCCAAAGAAACCAAAGCUGCCUAAAUCAGAAACGACAAUUACACCAAAUUAUACCGAAAACAUUAAGCAAAACUUGAAAAAGGCCAUCCACUCAUGUAAACCAUACUCUGACCAGACAUUAUUUUCACCCCCUCGUAUCGACAAAGUUGUUGAAUCAACCGACUACUGCGAUUCCACUUCCGGGAAAAAUUUGACAUAUGUUGGAAACAUUGCUGGGAUGGACUUUUAUGUGAACCGUGGCAUAAAUCCAGAAGACGUUUUAGAACAGUACGGCCAUGCAAUGUCUCGCUUUACAAGUAUCUCUGGAGUUCUUUCCAAAGUCUUUAAUCUCAAAAAAUCAAGCCUGCAUAUAUUUUACGACACAGAAGGCACAACUAUUGCUUUCAACACGAAUGCUAGUUUGUUUUUGAAUUUGCGGUUCUAUCUCGCCUUACAUGAACCAGAGUCAACGGAAGAUAUAAAGCUGGUUAAAAGCAAACGUAAAGAAGCAUUGAUCUAUUGGUUUAUGACAAUUUGCCACGAGUUGGCUCACAAUUUUGUUAGUGAACACAAUUCAAAGCAUGAAUUCUAUAUGUCUUCAUUUGCAGAAGUCUACUUGGAGGCAUUCAUUGCCUCUUUGGCUAGUUCUAAUACACCACUCAUCGGAGAACAAGACGCUACGGUGAACAGUUCUUCUGAAAAUUGA